UAAACCCUAAUGUCCGUUUCACUCGCAAACCCUAAUAAUACAUACGUCCCAAAGAGUCUCUAAACGAGAAAACCUUUGAACUUGAAUUGUCCAAAUAUUGGUUGAAUCUCACUACAGAAGCCAAAUUACUUGUUUUCUCCUUUUGAUUUAGGUAAAUUUUGUUGUGAGUGCUGGUUUAGAUUUUAGUUAUGGCCAUGGACGGGAGUUUUAGCGUAAAACAAGCUCUUGAGAGGUUCCUUGCAAGGUGCCCUAAGCUUGCAGGCCACCCGCAAAUGGAAUAUCUGUUGAAGAAGGAGGGGACGUUGACGGAAGAGGAAGUGUCUAGUUCGGUGGCGGAAUUGUUUCUUCACCAGAGCUAUACGAUUCCUUUAAUUGGCUGUUUCCGCCCGAUAUCGCAGAGAGUCGUGGAAAAAGCAGUGGCCUUGCUACGUCUCGUACUCAAACUGGGAUCAAAUUCAGAUGAUCAUGAUAAUGAUGAUGAUACAGAAGAUGUGUUUUUGGAGGUUGAUGAUGCGAGGGUUUUUUCUAUUAUCGAGGUUUAUGUUCAAAGGGGGAGAUUCUUGAGCCUCCACGAGCUUGCGUGUCUAGCCCUGUGCCGAGCCCUUGAUUUGGCUCCUUUUCUCCUGGGUUCUGUGUUAGCUUACUUCGAGUUUGCUCCGCCUCCUUUUCAAAGACCGGUAUUGAUGAAGGCAGCAGUUGCGAAGUCGUCUCUUUACUUGCAUCCUGUGAGGACGUCAUACCGCCUCCUUGUAAUGGAACCUGAGGUUUUCUCUAGACUCUGGGACUGGUCAUUUUUUGUUCAGUUUGUAAAGAAGUGUGUAGCGGUGGACUUGAAAUGGUAUGGAAUUCAAAUACUGUGUCUAAUCUUGAAGUUGAGUGAUAAAAUGCUUGCAGACUUUGGCCUUGGAGAUGAAGAAGCUUUUUUAUGCUGGUUGGGGUGGGAGGAAUUCUGCCAGGAUGUAGCUAUGGAGAAGUUUGCCUUGUUCAUCGAGUCACCUGACCACAAAACUUUGGAUUCUGUUGAUGGGUAUACUCAUUUGAAUCAGGAAAAUUGCCUAAAGUUCGUAGGCAUAGAAUCUCCCAGCUCUUCACCGAUCCAUGAAAUUGAGCCAUCUGUUCAGAGACAAAAACUGGCGUAUUGGGACAAUAAAUCAGGUGGCUAUCCAUUUGUCAUGACAUCCAUGGUCAAGAAAAGCUUCGAGAUGAUGGUGUUAGCUGUGAGUCAAAAGUGGCCUGUGCUUUUGUAUGGCCCUCCUGGUGCAGGAAAGACUGCCCUGAUUAGUAAGUUGGCCCGGGAUAGUGGGAAUCAGGUUCUAUCCAUUCACAUGGAUGAUCAAAUAGAUGGAAAAACUCUAAUUGGGAGCUAUGUCUGUACUGAGCAACCGGGCGAAUUUAGAUGGCAACCAGGUUCACUUACUCAGGCUGUUUUAAAUGGAUUCUGGGUUGUAUUUGAGGAUAUUGACAAAGCAGCAUCGGAUGUGCAGUCGAUUUUGUUACCUUUCCUGGAAGGAGCAAGCUCGUUUGUGACUAGUCAUGGGGAAGAUAUAAAGGUGGCAGAAAGCUUUCGACUUUUUUCUACCAUGUCGACUUUGCAUGAGUUUACUCGCAAUGCAGAAGGUGGGAAUUCACUUAGUGCUCUCUGGAGGAGAGUGAUGAUAAGGACUCCAAAACAAGAUGACCUGCGAAAUAUAAUUAAAGCAUGGUAUCCGAAUCUGGAGUCUCUUGCUGAAAAACUGGUAGAAACCUUUGAAAGGGUGAACUCUGCUUUCUUGCAACAAUCUGUGGGAUAUCGUACUGGAAAACUUGCUUCCUCUGGCUCUUUCAGCAGGUUCUCAUUAAGAGAUCUUCUCAAAUGGUGCAAGCGAAUCGUGGGAUUAGGUGUUAUCUCCAUUGGCGAUGGUUUGUCAGCUUACCAUUGCAAUUGUAUUUUUUUGGAGGCAGUAGACAUUUUUGCUGCUUUUUUUACUUCUGCUGAAAACCGAUUGACUAUAAUGAAAGACAUUGCAAAGUUCUGGGCAGUUCCUAUUACGGAGGCGGAAACUUUGUAUCCUUUUAAUAAACCUGUUAUUCAGGAUUUGCAAUCGGAAUUGAGAAUUGGAAGAGUUGCUCUUCUACAUGCUGAAGCUGCAUUACGGGACCCGCGUAGGCCUUUUGUUGAGAUUCGUAGUUCUUUGCAUGUUCUGGAGAGAAUUGCUUCAUCUGUCAAAUACAAUGAACCUGUUCUCUUGGUCGGUGAAACUGGCACGGGAAAAACUACGCUUGUGCAGAAUCUGGCCAUGAGGCUUGGUCAGAAGCUCACUGUUUUGAACUUAAGCCAGCAAAGUGAUGUUGCUGAUUUAUUGGGUGGAUUUAAACCUAUGGAUGCACGGUUCAUAUGCAUACCCCUAUACAAGGAUUUUGAGGAUCUAUUUUCUAGAACCACCUCUGUGAAGAGAAAUAUUAAUAUUCUUGGUUCAUUACAACAGUAUUUUGUGAAUAAAAAUUGGAGGAUGCUAUUACGUGAGAUUAAGAAGGUUGCAGAGUAUUUCCAGAGGCCAGUAGAUUUAGAAAGACCUGGGUCUGUUAGAAAGCGGAGAAAAGCUUUGGAUGGAAAAUUACUCAAAAAAUGGGAGAACUUCUCUGUGAAACUCGAAACUGCCUAUGGGCAAAUUGAUGGGACGUCAGGGAUGGUUUUUUCAUUUGUAGAGGGAGCCUUUGUGACGGCACUUAAAAAUGGUGAGUGGAUUUUGCUUGAUGAGGUGAAUUUGGCUCCUCCUGAGACAUUGCAGAGAAUCAUUGGUGUUCUUGAAGGAGAGUAUGGAUCACUUUGUUUGGCUGAGAGAGGGGAUGUAAGUCAUAUACAUAGACAUCCCAAUUUCCGGAUAUUUGGUUGUAUGAAUCCUGCGACUGAUGCUGGGAAACGGGACUUACCAUUCUCACUACGCAGUAGAUUUACUGAAUACUUUGUCGAUGAUGUGUUGGAUGAUGAAGAUUUGCUGUUAUUUAUUGGAAGAUUUAUGGAGGAAAGCCUAUCAAAUAGUGAAUUGAUGGAAAGGAUCAAAAAUUUUUACAAGGCAGCUAAGAAGCACUCUGAAGAAAACCUGCAGGACGGGGCUAACCAAAAGCCUCAAUACAGUUUAAGAUCUCUUUACCGUGCACUGGAAUAUACUGGGAAGGCAAAGAGACAAUUUGGAUUUCAGAAGGCAAUGUACGAUGGAUUCUGUAUGUUCUUCCUUACUUUAUUGGAUCUACCUAGUGCUAAGAUCAUGGACAAGGUGAUGAAGAAAACUCUGUUAGUAAGGAGCAAUCAUCCACAUAUUCCUUUUGAUUCUUACUUAACAAUUAAAGAGAGCUCCAGGUCUGAUGAUUUUGUUGAGGGCUAUGUGUUAACUAAAAGUGUUAAGGAGCAUCUUACUAACUUGGCACGGGCUAUCUUUAUUAAAAGAUAUCCAGUCCUCUUACAAGGGCCCACAUCGAGUGGCAAAACUAGCCUUGUACGUUAUCUUGCUGCUGUAACUGGUCAUGAAUUUGUACGAAUAAAUAAUCAUGAGCACACAGAUCUGCAGGAAUAUUUAGGUUCUUACAUAACUGAUGCAUGUGGGAAGCUUGUAUUUCACGAAGGUGUAUUGGUAAAGGCUGUGCGGAAUGGUUACUGGGUUGUUUUGGAUGAGCUGAACCUUGCUCCAUCAGAUGUCCUGGAAGCAUUGAACAGAUUGCUUGAUGAUAAUAGAGAGCUGUUUGUUCCUGAAUUAUGUGAAACUGUACGGGCACAUCCAGAUUUUAUGCUUUUUGCCACACAAAAUCCACCAACUUUUUAUGGUGGUCGUAAAGUUCUUUCUAGAGCUUUUCGCAAUCGUUUUGUCGAGCUUCAUAUUGAUGAGAUACCUGAUGAUGAACUGAGCAUGAUAUUAGAAAUCAGGUGUCAAAUUCCUGGAAGCUAUGCUACUAGAAUGGUCAAUAUCAUGAAAGACUUGCAGUUGCACAGGCAGAGUAGCAAAGUUUUUGCUGGAAAACAUGGAUUCAUAACUCCACGUGAUUUGUUCCGUUGGGCUAAUCGGUACCGGGCUUUUGGAAGGUCUUAUGAAGAUUUGGCGAGAGAUGGUUAUUAUCUAUUGGCAGAAAGGCUGCGGAAUGAAGACGAGAAAUGUGUAGUUCAGGAAGUUCUGGAGAAACAUCUUCGGGUUAAACUCAUCAAAGACAACUUGUAUAUGCAGGAACUGGCUCUCGACCCUUGCACUGUUGGACGGGUACCAGAUAAUACUCAAAAUGUCGUCUGGACUAAAAGUAUGAAGAGGUUGUACUUCCUUGUCAAGCGUUGCUAUGAGCUACGAGAGCCUGUCCUCCUUGUUGGUGAAACUGGUGGUGGGAAGACUACUGUCUGUCAGUUACUUGGUGAACAAUUGAGGUCAAAAUUGCACAUUUUGAAUUGUCAUCAGUACUCAGAAACAUCUGAUUUCCUAGGGGGGUUCUAUCCUACUCGAGAUAGAUCAAAGCUGAUGUCAGAGUUCAAAGAUCUAAUUGAACAAUUAAAGCUGUCUGGAGCUAUUCUCCAAUUUCCUGGUCAUGUUGAAAUUUCUUCAGAUAUUGGUCAAGCCACUUUAACUCUUGAUCAACUGGCUGUUGUAAUAGAAAGUUACAGGCAUGGCCUGGUUUCAUCAUCUGAUGUCUCUGUCCAAGAUGUUGAUACUAUUGAGGAGAUGAAGUCACACCUUGCUGAGCUACACCAGGAUUGGGAGGCCCUAUUUAAGUGGCAAGAUGGCCCUCUUGUGCAAGCAAUGAAGACUGGUGAUCUAUUUCUUGUCGAUGAAAUCUCCUUAGCUGAUGAUAGUGUGCUGGAAAGAUUGAAUAGUGUUUUAGAGCCUGAAAGAAAGCUGACCUUGGCUGAGAAAGGAGGGCCAGACUUGGAAACAGUUACAGCUCAUGAGAACUUUUUCGUUCUUGCAACCAUGAAUCCUGGAGGUGAUUAUGGUAAGAAAGAACUAUCUCCAGCUCUUCGCAACAGGUUCACUGAGAUAUGGGUUCCACCUGUGAGUGAUCUUGAUGAGCUAAAAAGUAUUGCUUUGAAUAGAAUUUCGCAUCCAGAACUUUCAUUUGUCGUGGAUCCUAUGCUGAAGUUCUGGGACUGGUUCAACCAGUUAGAAACCGGAAGAAUGCUUACCAUAAGAGAUCUUCUGUCUUGGAUUGCAUUUAUCAAUGUGACCCAUAAAAGUUUGGGGUCCCACUAUGCUUUCCUUCAUGGUGUCUUCCUCAUUUUGCUUGAUGGACUAAGUUUAGGAACUGCCAUUUCAAAUGAGUAUGCUGACAACUUGAGGGAAAAAUGCUUCUCCUUUCUUUUAGAGCAACUAAAGGUGGACACAGAAAGCAAUUUUAUGUCAAAAAUGGAAAAUUAUGGUUGGGUUAGGUGUGAAACUCGCAAGCAUGAUCCUGGAACUACUGGAGACAUGUCGCACAAUGCUAGGAUGGAAUGUGGUGACGUCUUUGGUAUUGAUCCAUUUUAUAUUGAAAAAGGUGGUGAAAGGUGUGAGCUUGAUGGUUUUGAAUUUUUAGCACCAACCACCUGCAGAAAUGCAUUGAGGGUACUGCGAGCCAUGCAGCUUCCAAAGCCUGUCCUAUUGGAAGGCAGUCCAGGUGUUGGUAAAACAAGUUUAAUCAUUGCCUUGGGAAAAUUUUCUGGACAUAGAGUUGUUCGGAUAAACUUAUCUGAGCAGACUGACAUAAUGGAUUUGUUGGGGUCAGACUUGCCUGUUGAGAGUGAUGAAGGAAUGAAGUUUGCUUGGUCUGAUGGAAUCCUACUGCAGGCUCUGAAGGAUGGCGAUUGGGUUUUACUAGAUGAGCUUAAUCUUGCCCCACAAUCUGUCUUAGAGGGUUUAAAUGCUAUUCUGGAUCAUCGUGCUGAGGUUUUCAUUCCAGAACUUGGUCGAAGGUUUAGGUGCCCAUCAUCUUUCAGAGUUUUUGCUUGUCAAAAUCCUUCUUCACAAGGUAGCGGCAGAAAAGGUCUUCCAAGGUCCUUUUUAAAUCGUUUCACAAAGGUUUAUGUUGAUGAGCUGGUUAGGGAUGACUAUAACUCCAUCUGUCAAUCACUCUAUCCGUCAAUUGCAAAUCCUGUGCUUGAAAAGCUGAUUGAUUUUAAUAAACGGCUGCAUGAAGACACUAUGGUAUAUCACAAGUUUGCCCAGGAUGGCUCCCCUUGGGAGUUUAAUUUACGUGAUGUGAUCCGGUCUUGUCAGAUCAUACAGUGUGCAGCUGAGGAAUUGAAAUUUGAUUGCUUUGUCAACAUUCUUUACAUUCAGAGGAUGCGUACUGCAUCUGACCGUGUAGAGGUGAUGCGGAUCUAUGAAGAAAUUUUUGGUAUGAAGCCCUUUAUAAAUCCAUACCCUCGAGUGCAGGUUAAUUCUCAGUGCUUAAUUGUGGGGAACGCAGUCCUCAGAAGGAAUUACACUCGGUCCAAGAUUUCAAAUCGUCGGCUUGAUAUUAUGCCUGGAAUUCGUCAGAGCUUGGAGGCUGUUGCACAUUGUAUACAACAUAAAUGGUUGUGCAUCUUGGUUGGUCCACCAUCUUCUGGAAAGACUUCAUUGAUAAGGUUGUUGGCUCAACUUACUGGUAAUAGAUUAAAUGAAUUAAAUCUUUCUUCCACAACAGACAUAUCAGAACUGCUUGGUUGUUUUGAGCAAUAUAAUGCCUUCCGCAAUUUCCGCUCGGUCGUUGCUCAAGUUGAGUGCUAUGUAAAUGAGUACUGCAAUUUGCUGUCGGACUUCACAAAGGAUGAAGAUUUAGUUACCAGGUGGCUUGCUUUCUCUUCUAGCAUGGAUAGUAGCUCCCUUUCAGGUUCAACUUCUAUGACUGUUCAGAACUGGAAGCUCUUGGUUGAUUCUCUUAGUUUGUUAACGGACAUAAUUGGAAAACUGGAAUUGGUUUUAAAGCAAAGCUCGUGUUUUUCUUGGACAUGCAAUGACCUGAAUGACACCAUGAAAGCAAUUGCAAAGUUACAAGAAGCUCAUCAGAGGCCAUUUUCCAAAAAAUUUGAGUGGCUUGCAGGACCACUGAUAAAGGCGCUAGAAAAUGGAGAAUGGAUUAUUUUGGAGAACGCAAAUCUUUGUAAUCCCACUGUUCUUGAUAGAAUUAACUCCUUGGUGGAGCAUUGUGGAUCAAUCACAGUCAAUGAACGUGGCAUUGUUGACGGAAAACAGUUGGUUCUCCAGCCACAUCCUGAUUUUCGAAUGUUUCUUACUGUUAAUCCUAUCUAUGGUGAAGUUUCUCGGGCCAUGAGAAAUAGAGGAGUUGAAAUAUUUAUGAUGCAACCUUACUGGCUUAAUGAUGGAAGUGGAAACUCUUGUACGGAUAUUGAGCUAAGAGAUGUCAAAAGAUUUCUUGUUUUAUCAGGUGUUCCUGUUGUUGAAUUGGUUGAUUCAAUGGCCAAAGCUCAUUUAUAUGCAAGGGAUGAAGGUUUGCCGAAAAACAUCCGCAUUACCUUUCUUGAGCUUGCACGUUGGGUUCAGUUAUUCCAGCAGCUUCUUAUGAAUGGCAAUCAACCUAUGUGGAGCCUACAAACAAGCUGGGAGCAUACUUAUCUAUCCUCCUUUGGUGAGGCCGUGGGAGGGGAUAUUAUCAAUCAUGCAAAACUUACUUAUUUGACGGUAACUGAGUUGUUGGAAUCAGAUUUACCAUUCGAGUGUUCUUUGCAUUUAUCCGGUUCUUGGCCAAUGCCAUUGAAGUUGAAAGAUUUUACAUCAUACCCAAAUGAAGCUUAUGUCAAGCAAAAUUCUAUGCUUUUAGAGUAUAUUGGGGCUAAUUGUGCAUUAUAUGAAAUCGGAAGAUCAUUGAAUCCAUGUCCCAUGGGCCAUUUAACUUCUGAUGGCCAAAUGGGCAAGCGAACAUGUGUAAUUGAUAUGGAAUUAUUGUGUCAGAUAAUACGCUCCAAGUCUCCAAAUAGGAUGAUUUCCAUCUCUAAAAGGAGCACAGAAUUUGAUUUCAGGAUGGCCAAGAAGAUGCUACUGUUUGCUGCCAACUGGACUAUUGAACAGGCCACCGAAAGAGAUCUUGAUCUUUAUAUUCACCGGAUUCGCUGGUUUAGUUCUCAAUUGCGACCUUGCUGUCAGCUUCUCAGUUUUUUUGUGACUUCAUUCACAGAGGAGUUGAAGCAUCCUAUUUGGAAGGACAUAUUUCACUUCCGGCAUCAUAUUGCAUCUAUUCUUAAAGUUGAUUUAGACUCGCAACCAGUGCCUCUACUUUCCUUGGAGUUUGUUGAUAUGACUAAAUCAAAUGACAACUUGAGAUCAUGUGGUGAACUUCUCGGUCAUGCUAUUGAAUGUGCUGGCUUGUUAAGGGUUACUUAUCACCGGUGGAAUUUCGAGCUCGGGCACAAGUACAGUGAUGACACUAAGUGUAUAAUACCAGUACUAAAAUCUCUCCACCUGUUGGAGAAAGAAGUCCUUGGAAUGCUUGUUGCAUCUCCAUCAUUUGAUUUGCUGAUUCAGUUAUACGGUGACCUUCUUGAAGAUCACAUGGGUUUUUCGGAUGCGAUUAGCUCAUCACAAUUUGAGCAGAUGCUAAUUUGUUGGCGUUCUUUAAAAAAGCAUGUUUCGAAAUUGCAGGGUUUCUGUCCUGGAGCGGUUGAAAAUGUGUUGCGAGAAAGCAGCGUCCUGGAUAACGUCUUUCAGCGCUCAGAGAAGUCCUUGCUAUGGAUUCAUGGUGGUCAUCCAUUCAUGCCUGCGUCUGCUAAUUUGUACAAUAAACAUCAACAGCUACUAAAGCUAUGUGAGUCUAUUUGGCCGACAAAGCUGGAUUCACAGAGGCAGGAAAAUUAUUGUCAUGUUGAGGUGGUUGCAUCUUUCAAUGCUGAAGUCCGUUCCCUUGCAUUGCAAGGUGUUUGCUUGUCAUCGUAUAUUAUGGUGAAAUACAAUGAUGAUGGUGAUUCCCAAGUCCAGAAGUUGGAGGAGAUGCAUCAGAUGCUUUUGAGAAGAUAUGGAUCUGAAAAAAACAAAUUGAAGGCAAAGUUGGGGAGCGAGGAGGAGCUUGAUUUUGAGGAAAAUUCUUCUACUUGUUGUGGUUUCCACCCUGAAAAUUUGUGUCUGGGGUCUAAUUCUGGUAUUUGGCUUGACACUCUUUUCAUAAUUGAUAGUGCUGCUUUUGCCCUUGAUACGGAACUACUUGAAAAGUUAUUAUCAAUUAUCUUGGAUGAUUAUGAAGGAUUACAGCAAGGACUGUCUUCUAUACUUAAGCUUCUUGAAUUUGCUUUAAACCACUCGAUCACCUUCUCAACGAGGCCUCCUCAGACUUAUAUGCCACAUCAAAAAUUAAUUUGGACACUUGAUGCUUGGAUGUCAGUUGAAGCAGUGGGCGAAAAAGUCAGCAGUUGUGUUCUUGAAAUGUGGUUUUGGUGGCAUUCAUCUUUAUGGACUCAUUCUCCUUCCUUUGUCAAGAACUUUUCCACAAUUGAUGGUUAUGAUGGUUAUGACAUUAUAUUACCAGAUAUGCUUGUUCAACCUGUGAAGACAGCGUGCUGCAUGCAUGUUCUACAAAGUACGCUUUCAAUCAAGGAAUAUACCAUGCGCUGUUUGAAUAUUAAAGUUGUAUCUUGCAAUUUAUGGGAAACUCCAUCCUUGGAGGCAAGCUUAAAUGAUGUUUUCUUAUCAGUUCCUCGAUUGCUUUUCCAACAAAUAAUAUAUGCACACAGAAAAGCAUUUGGUGCUGAUAAUUUUGCUAAAAUCAGGACCUGCUUUGAUUUCUUUCAGAAGAAUGUUGUCAGGUUAGAAGAUAUAAAGGUCUUGUGCUCACUUAUUGGGUCAUCUAGCCAUCAAAGAUUUAAAGCUCUAUUGCAUUUGUUUAUUGAGCCAUUGCUUAAGGAGCUUUAUCUUCAUUUCUGUUCCACGGACUUCUCUGCUAGUCUUGGCCGUGCAUGGUUUCUUAUUGGGAGAUUGCGUUUUAGUCUCUUGCUUGGUUGCGAGGAUGUGGAUCCAGCACUAAAAUAUGCUCACAAAUAUUCACGAUUAGAAGAAAGGAUCUCGUCACUUAACCUUGAAAUUAAGGUGCGACAAGAAUGCGAGUAUUUGGCUGGGUGUUCAGCUUUAAUGGAAUCUGAUAAGAGGAGAGGGCAGACAUUGGGAAAGCUUGAAACUGAACGUAAGAGGCUGCUAAGAAAGAUGGUGUUUCGCUCUAAUCCUGAGAAUUUCAGUACUUUAAAAGAUAAAUGUCUUGAGUUUCUUCAAUUUAUUGAGACAUUGAAGGAUGUGGUGAGGUACACUAAGGAUAUGGAGUUGCAAGAGGUUGGGGACCAAGUGUCCAACUGGCAGAAAAGUGCAUCCUGUUUUAUUGACCAAUUAUCAGAGUAUGCUGACUAUGUUGAUGUGACUCAACCAGUUCAGGUGGCAGUAUAUGAAAUGAAAUUGGGAUUGUCUCUGAUCAUGGCUGCUGCAAUGCAGAGAAAAUUUCUUACUGGAAUUAAGGAGGACAACAUGGACCAUGUUCUGCAAUCAAUUUAUUCAUUUAUGAAAUUCCCCCGAGGUUUUCCUUCCAAGUCAAUUGCUCUAAGCAUUGAAGGAAGACUUCCAGGCAUUUCUUCCCUUAAUAUAGAUCUUCAUGCAGACUUCUGGGCACUAGAUAUGAGUUUGCUAGAAAAAGUGACUACUGUUUCAAGCCAAGACAAUGCUGGGAAAAUGAUCUCUCUUUUGCAAGUUAAAGUUUCUCUUUAUCACAAUAUCCUUGUGCGCAUUGCACACUUUGUAGCUAAUGCACGGCUAAUGGAUCAAACAUCUUUCAUGCUGUUGGAUAAAAUAUUCAAUGACUUUGUUAACAUUUGGAUGAAUAUGAAAGUUCAAGGUAGAAUCAAAGAAGGCCUUGAUGCUAGACAAUACAAGUUCAGGCCUCGUGCCUUCAAGAUUGAAAGAAUUCUUGAAGUUGACAUAUCCAAGCUUGGCAAGUUGUUUGUGAAUGAUAGUUUUUUGGAAUGGCAAGAGCUGCUUUCUGAAGAGGAUUCUACUGGAAGCUCAGAAGCUAGUGAGCAACAAGAGAGUUCCAAGGAAGAAUGGGACCUUAUGCAGGAAUCCAUCCUAAAUGACUUGGUGCGCACACAUAAUCAAUUAUUCGGGUCUAGCAACCUUGUCCUCUCUCCUGGAGCAUUUAUGAUAACUGAUGCUGAUAGACUGCUUUCCUUUGUUGACUCUUAUACUUUGGGCGUAAACAUGGUUAAGGGGUUAGGAGGUGCACUCUCUUAUAGUUUGGACACAAAACUUGUGCCAGAGCAUUUGUUUCGCCUCUGUUUGGAUCAGGAAUUCUUUUCAUCCCACAAAUCAGCUUCCAAAUACAAUUUUUACAAGGACACAAACGCUCCUGUAAUGUUUAAAAUGGUGAAACUACUUACUAGUCUUCACGAGCGGAUUCUUAGCCUUUUGAGCGAGUGGGAAGAUCAUCCUGGUCUUCAGAAGAUCUUGGAUGUGAUUGAAAUGCUCUUGGCCAUUCCUAUUGACACUCCUCUGGCAAAGGCGCUUUCAGGGCUGCAAUUCCUGCUUAAUCGUACCAGAGCUUUACAGGAAAGUGGCUCAAAAUUCUAUAUUUCAGAUCUAUUGGAACCAAUUAUUACUUUAGUGUGCUCUUGGCAAAAGAUGGAGUUCAACUCCUGGCCAGCAUUGCUUGAUGAGGUACAGGAUCAGUAUGCGAGCGAAGCUGGAAAGUUGUGGUUCCCCCUAUUCUCGGUUCUUCAACAUAGGCACUGUGCUGAUAUUGCUACAUAUGAUCAAUCUACAAUCGAAAGUUUGGAGGAGUUCGUUCAAACAUCCAGCAUUGGGGAAUUCAGAAAACGCCUUCAACUUCUUUUUGCUUUCCAUGGACAGAUCACUAGUGGCAGAUGCCUGGGAUUUUAUUCAACUCCUUGGCAGGAGAAAAACCUGCAUAUUCUAUACAAUAUAUUUGGCUACUAUGUGCAAUUCUUGCCAAAAGUGUUGGAGCACAUUGAAGCAAAUCGGAGAAAUAUUGAAAUGGAACUGAAAGAGCUUUUGAAACUUUGUCGGUGGGAACAUGUUGAGAGCUAUUUGUCUAUUGAAAAUUCAAAAAGGACCAGGCAGAAGCUCCGGAAGCUAAUACAGAAGUACAGUGAUCUGCUGCAGCAGCCUGUGCGCCAUGUUAUCAAUGAAAUAGCAGCACAGAGAGCAGUCAAAGCUGAAUCUCUGCAAGAUCGAAAUCCCCAUAAUGAUAUCUUAGAUAAGAAUAUGAUUCUUUUAGAUGAACUUUUGUACCCACAGUUCAUUGAUGAAGAUGGGUGCAUGUGGUAUGCUGACUGGAGAAAGAAAUUGAACGAUUCCGUGUUAACUUUGCACACAGCAAGAGUGCCUGAAAUAUGCUCUCUCGGCACUGAAGAGGUUGCAAGAAUCAGCAGGCAGUGUUUGGAUUCACAGUCUACUGGUCCACCACGACAGGAAGAAUGGAAAUCUGUGUGGCACACACUUGAGAAGUUAUGCAGAACUACUACAGAUUGUAAUGACCUGUGGAAAGAUGUUAACAAAAGUGUAGGGAAGAAAAGGGCUUUAUCUGAACUUCUAAAGCUGUUAGAAAACAGUGGGUUGCAAAGACAUAUGUUUGAGAGGAUUGAGAUAUCCAAACCAUCUAAUUGGAUGUUCCUUGAGCCAUCAUAUGAUGCAAGACACUUGUUACUGGCUCCAAGUAGACUUUCUCAUCUGACAGAUUCUACUGCUAGUGAAUUUCAUCAUUUGCUCGACGAGAAUUUAGAAGUUGAAUGGAAGAUUUCAAAUGAAUAUUACUUCAAAAGCAUGGCAUUGGUGCAGCUUCUACAGCAGAUUAGCCUAAAGCCUCAUGAAGAUUUUACUCUUGAGCAGACUAGUAGGGCAGUCUCCUUCCUCGUACAUCUGAUUGUUAUACAACAGGCACAAAGGGCAGAAGCCUAUUCUUUUGCUAAGCAGUUGAAGUGGUUGCGGGAAUGUUUGUCUGCUCUAAAACCCUUCCAUUCAAAUUGCACUAGUAUUGAUGAGAGAGCUGGCAAUGAGUGCUCAGUUACUCAAAAUCAACAUAUCAUCUUUAGAUGCAUGUGGCAACAGAAACAACUUCUUGAUCUUUUGUGUUCCAUGUUGCGUGAAGAAUCACUAUUGCUGAGAACAGUGGUAGAUUCCCAUUCAAACUCAUGCCAGAGUGUUAAACCUGCAGCAAACCAAGUUCUUGCUUUCAUUGGGAAAUUUAUUCCGGUUUUGCAGAGAUCUAAGGAAUCAUUGGAUGACUAUCUUCUAGGCCACCAUGUAGCUAUAACUACUGUGAAUGCUUCCUCUCAACCUUAUAUUAUUACAAAACAAAUGGAGCAAUUGGUGCUUAAUAACUUCAAAGUAAUUAAAGAAUUUGAGGAGCAAGUUGUUGCAUUCCGCAAGCAAGAUUUGAAUAAAGGCUUGGCUGUGGAGGCUCUUCUCGGUCAUUUUGAAGAGGUAUUUGAGAAGGGGAAAUUGAUGUCUGAGCAACUCAAUUCGGUCCUGGAGACGAGAAGGGAGUCAGUAAACGCUUGUGCAGAACCUGAAUCGGGAUUUUGUGAAGCACUUAAAGGAACACUUGAAUGUAUCAUGAAUUUGUUGCAAAAAAUAUAUUCAGCGAGUAAUAGCUGCUCCACCUCUGAAGAGCCAUCAGGAGAUAUUACAACAUGGGAGUCUCUUUUUAAAUCAUCUGUGGCAGAUAUGAGCCUUCAAAGACUAUGCAAUAAUCUUCUUGAAACAAUAUUUUGUGCAGAGAAACUGGCAGACCUCUUUGGCAAUGAACAUAUUGGCAACUGUUGGCAUAUUGGAGCACACUUAAAAAAUCUGCAUAUGUUUUUGGACAUAAUAUUGACCUUUGGUGAUGGGCUUUUGCAAAAUCUUCUAGCAGUGCAUAAAACCGUAUCAAUAUUGACUCAUGAGUUAGCAAGAGUUUUAGCUUCUCUGUUUUCGAAAGGGUUUGGUAUUUCGCCCAAAGACCAAAGGGAGGAUGAUUCAAGUCAUGAUGUAUCACAAGAUGCAAGUGGAACCGGCAUGGGAGAGGGUGCUGGAAUUAAUGAUAUUAGUGAUCAGAUAAAUGAUGAAGAUCAAUUGCUUGGAGCUUCUGAUGUAGCAGGUGAAGAACAAGAUGCCUCUGGCGAAGUUCAAAAAAAUAAUGAGAAAGGGAUUGAGAUGGAGCAGGAUUUUGAGGCUGAUACGUUUAGCGUUAGUGAGGACUCUGGGCAGGAUGACAAUGAAGAUAAUGAGGAGCAGCAGCUGGAUUCUGCAAUGGGAAAUGCUGGGGCUGAUAGUGAAGUCGUGGAUGAGAAACUUUGGAACAAGGACGAAGAUGACAAUCCUAAUGACACCAAUGAGAAGUAUGAAACAGGUGGUCCUUCUGCUAAGGAUGGAGAAGCAAGGGAACUUAGAGCCAAGGAAGAUUCUGCCAUUACUGAUGAUGAACCUGGAGAGCCUAGUUAUGAAGAACUUGAUAGACAAACUGAUGAUACUGAAAACCAAGAUAUUCCUGGUGAUACAGAUGACAAAGAGGACAUCGGUAUGGAUAAGAAAGAAGCAUUUACUGACGCAACCGGAUUACAGGUUGAUGACGAGGAUCAAAGUCCUUGUCAAGAUAUGGACACAGAUGAAAAGGAGAGUGAUUUUAAAGAAGAUGUGGGAGAACAAGGAGAGCCCACUGGAGAUGGUAAUGAAGAGGAAGAUAAUUUGAAUCCUACUGACGAAACUAUGGAGGAGGCAGAUGAACAAGUGGGUGUGACUUCUGAAAAGGAAGAACCAGGAAAAGAUCAUAAAGAGGGCUCAGACAUGAAUUUGGUGGAACCCAGUCCUGGGAUUCCUGACUUCACUGAUGGUAAUGCAGAAUCUGCUACAGAGCAAAAUGGCGAGUCCCAACCGUUAUCUUCAAGAAAUGCUGUGCAAGAAGCUAACUGGUCUAGACAAAGUGAGAUUAAUAAUGACUUUGCUUCCCAUAGUAACUCUUCCUUGGAGAUUGAUGUGAUAAACACUGAUUCAUCUAAUGGUGGGAAACUUACUGAAUAUCAACCAAAAACUCAUUUGCCUCAACAAGAAGCUUCUGUUCAGAAAUCCGAACCAAACCCUUGUAGGAAUGUCGGAGAUGCCCUGGAGGAGUGGAAACAGAAAGUCAAAGUGUCUGUUGAUCUUCAGGGAGACAAUAGAGAGGCACAAGGUGAUAUGGAGGAUGAGAAUGCUGAUGAGUAUGGAUAUGUUGAUCAGUUUGAAAAUGGAAUAGCUCAGACCCUGGGACCUGCUACAUCGGAGCAGAAGAUUGACAUAAAUGCUAAUGGCAAUGUACCAGAUGAGGAUACUCUUGAAGCACAUAGAGAUGAAAUGACGGGGAUGGAGGUUGAGCAGCAACAGUUUGAAGACCAGUCUGUUAAGCAUGGUACUUCACUCCUAAAUAAUAAGAUGAAUGAGCAGAUGCAUAUUGCAGAUGGUGAGAAAUCUCCUGAAGAGGGGUCCCAGGAAUCGCAUGGUCAUGAUGAGGGUCAUGCGGGAAGUCUUUCGGAUUUGGUCUCUGUCAAAAGGUCUUAUUUGAGUGAGGAUAUAUCUCAACUAAGUAAACUUUCAGUAUGUGACGAACAGUUGGAGAUAGUCCGGUCACUUGAUGAUGUUUCCAUUGCUGUGAAAAAUGAUGCCACAGCUCUUUGGAGAAGAUGUGAACUGCUUACUACAAGGUUGUCUCAUGAGCUAGCUGAACAGUUACGCCUUAUCAUGGAACCUACUAUAGCUAGCAAGCUCCAAGGGGAUUACAAGACUGGCAAACGGAUUAAUAUGAAAAAGGUAAUUCCAUAUAUAGCCAGUCACUAUCGGAAGGAUAAAAUAUGGCUCAGACGAACACGGCCUAACAAACGUGAUUACCAAGUUGUCAUAGCAGUGGAUGAUUCCCUCAGUAUGUCUGAGAAUUCUUGUGGGCAAGUUGCUAUUGAAGCUUUGGUGAUCGUCUGCCGAGCCAUGUCUCAACUGGAAAUGGGAGACUUGGCUGUUGUGAGCUUUGGGAAGAAGGGAAACAUACAGUUACUGCAUGAAUUUGAUCAGCCCUUCACUGGGGAUGCUGGAAUCAAGAUGGUGUCCAGUUUGACAUUCAAGCAAGAUAAUACAGCCUUAGGCGAUCCAGUUGUUGAUCUGCUGAAGUAUUUGAAUAACAUGCUGGAUGUUGCAGUUGCAAAAGCUCGAAUUCCAUCUGGAGAAAACCCACUAGAGCAGCUUGUUUUAAUUAUUGGGGAUGGCCGUUUUAGCGAGAAGAAUCUAAAGACUUAUGUCAGAGAUGUCUCAAGUAGGAAGUGCAUGGUUGCAUAUUUGAUUCUCGAUAACUCAAAAGAGUCGAUCAUGGACCACCUGGAAGCAUUACCUCAGGCUGAUGGAAAGCUCAAGUUGUCCAAGUAUCUUGAUUUCUUCCCUUUCCCGUAUUAUAUCGUGCUGAGGAACAUAGAAGCACUACCUAGGACCCUUGGGAAUUUGUUGAGACAAUGGUUUGAGCUCAUGCGGUAUUCUAGGGACUAAAGUGUUAAUCUAACAAGUUAUACGACAUGCCUUUUGUGGUGGUUUUGUUGGGAGGCAAGUUGGCUGCUGCUUUAGUUUUCAACAUGCCAGGACUAACUUAAUGGGAAAUAAGCAGGGUUUUUCUGCUGUACUUGUUUCCCUGUUUUUGAAGGUGAAAAGGACUGUGGUCGCAGUUGAGAAGCUUCCAGCUUCCUCUUCAAUCAGUGGUCGUCGGAAAUCAUUCUCUGCUUGAAAGAUGUCCUCAAUGCCACCACAUGAACCCCAGGAAUGGUUCUUCUUUGUGCAGAUAUGCUUGAUUUUGAGUACAUUAUUUCGGGAGCACUCGAGGCCUUGGAUGAUGGCGCGUUCAACUCUUGCACUUUCCUGCCAAUCCACCAACCUGUACUUGAAGAUAUGGACCGGCUGCAUUCCAUUCUUCCCUUCCGAGGCCUUAGAUGAUGGUGCGUUCAACUCUUGCACUUUCCUGCCUGUCCACCAACCUGGUAGAUGACUCUUACUCGUCUCCAAGGCAUCAUAUACUGAAGCCUGUGAUUAUGUUUUUCAAGUUUGUCAUUUGGUGUAGUACUUAAGAUACAGACCGGCCGCAUUCUAUUCUUCCCUUCCGAGUCAACAAGCCAAGGGAGCUGGGUCCUUGUCUCCUCAUCCUUGCCAUUUGCUGUAUUAUGUAACAGUAGAUAUAUGAUGCAUACUAGGAUGUCAUUUUGUUUGUUUAACUUGGUCUCUGUCACAACUCGACCACAAUACACAGAUGAGAAGAAUUAUGUUGACAAUUGCAACAAUUUCAUGGGACAAAAAGGGACAGAACAGAAAA